AUGGUUCAGUUCUAUACCGUUGUCGGGGCGCUCGCCUUGACUUUUUCGGCUGUCCAGGCUGCGCCUAAUCUUUCCGCCCGCCAGAACAUCCCCGACCCGGCUGGGGAGAAAAACGUGGGUAACGGGAGGGGCUUGCAGUUUAUCGGCGGCCAAUGUCUCGGCGCGGCCGACUGUGCCUCUGGAUGCUGUGCUAUCCUACCCAAAGGCGGCCAAACCAUCGGCGUCUGCUCUGGUGUUGGUGCUCAGAACCAGGCGGGCAAACAAGGCUGCGGCUUCGAGAGCGGCGUUGGUGCUGGCAACCAAACCCAAGGUGGUAGCCAGGGUGGGAACCAGAACAACACCGGGGGCAACCAGCGCAACGGCGGGAACAACCAAUGCAACAAUCAGGGGGACAACCAAAACAACGGCCAAACCGGCGCCACCAUCCGACCCAGCACCCUCAAGCCCGACCCUGCAGGUGCCGCCAACGUCGGCAACGGCCAAGGGCAGCAGUUCAUCGGGGGCGAGUGCACCAGCGACGCCGACUGCGCCUCGGCGUGCUGCGCCCUGGUGAACACGGGCGAGGAGAGAUUUGGCAUCUGCUCCGGCCCUGCGGCCAACACUCAGAACGGCAAGCAGGUGACAACGGCACGCGACGCUCCGAAAAAUCUCCUCGAGUUCUACGAUGUAAUACGAGCAAAAGGGCACUGUCGCCACGAACUGGCAUCAGGCUUCUACAGCCGCGACAAUGGCCCCAACAACUUUGCCUACUGCGGCGACUACCUCGACAGCGCGGGCGUAAUCUAUAUCCAAGGCCGCUCCGGCGCCCUGGCGAACCUGGACGUAGAUUGCGACGGCAGUUCGGGAGGCCCCAGCGACGACGGCCGGUGCCGGCGCGAGCUCAGCCCGGACCUGCAGAACGCCACCUCGUUCCGCGACGUGCUCGCCAGCUACGGCCGCGCCGGCGUCGCCGAACUCAACCCGUACGUCCACCCUUACGUCGUGUUCGGCAACGCGCCGGCCACGAAAACUACCACCGCAUCCACGGGACGGGGGGCCAAGUCCGGAGCGUGGCGAGCGUUCGACCCGUCCGAGUACGGGAUGCGGCCGCUCGGCGUCAUGGCGGUCGUCUGCCCGACGAGCCGGAAGCUGGUGUACGGCGUGUGGGGGGACAUGAACGGGGACGACGGGGCCAGGCCGAUGGUCGGGGAGGCGUCGCUGGCGCUGGUGACGGCCUGCGGCGGGAAGGGGGUCAGCGGGGCGGACGGGAUCGACGAGGACGCCGCCCUGUUCCUGGGGUUCACGGGCGACGAGGCGGUGCCGGGACGCGACGGCGCCGACUGGGCCGCCAAGGACUUUGACACGUUUGAGAGGAGCAUCGAACGAUUGGGAAACAGGCUGGUGGAGCGUGUCCGGGCUGCAGACGAGGACGCGUCGUGCAGCGUCCGGCCAAGCUGGGCCCGGGUUGCGGCUGUUGCUGCUGCGGUGGUGGGCUCGACAUGGUCGUUAUUAUGA